CGGGCCGGGGGUCGGCGGGGGCCCGGCGCUGCUUGCUUGGCAGCGAUGGCAAAGCCUCAGAGCAAGGAUUCUGGACUGAAGGAGAAGUUCAAGAACCUCCUGGGGCUGGGAACAUCCCGAGGAAGUUCAAAGUUGUCGGAGGGCAAGCAAACAGAGUUUAUCAUCACCGCGGAAAUACUCAAGGAACUGAGCAUAGAAUGUGGGUUAAGCAACAGGAUCCGAGCAAUCAGCCAGAUCUGUGAAGUGGUGAAAACCAAAAAAAUUGAAGAGCAUGCAGUGGAAGCCAUAUGGAAAGUGGUAUCGGAUAUGCUCCAGCCAGAGCGCCCCGCCGAAGCCAGACACGCUGUUCUUCAUCUGCUGAAGUCAAUCGUUCAAGGCCAGGGUGAGAGAUUAGGGAUCCUCAGAGCACAUUUUUUUAAGGUGAUUAAGGACUAUCCCUCCAACGAAGAUUUGCAUGAACGGCUCGAAGUGUUCAAGGCUUUAACAGAGAAUGGGCGCUACAUCACCUACCUAGAAGAAGAGUUAGCUGACUUUGUGCUGCAGUGGAUGGAUGUGGGUUUGUCUUCUGAGUUCCUUCUGGUUUUGGUGAACCUGGUGAAAUUCAAUAGCUGCUAUCUGGAAGACUAUGUAGCUGACAUGGUGCACAAGAUAUGCCUCUUGUGCAUCCAGACUUCAUCAUCUGUGGACAUAGAGAUUUCCUUGCAAGUCCUGGAUGCAGUUGUUUGCUAUAAUUGUCUGCCAUCAGAGAACCUGCCAGUAUUUAUCAUCACUUUGUGCCGUACCAUCAAUGUGAAGGAGCUCUGUGAGCCGUGCUGGAAGCUUAUGCGCAACCUUUUGGGAACUCAUUUGGGGCACAGUGCCAUCUACAACAUGUGCAGGAUCAUGGAAGACAGAGCUUACAUGGCAGAUGCAGCGCUGCUGAGAGGAGCUGUGUUCUUUGUUGGGAUGGCUCUUUGGGGUGCUCAUCGCCUCAAUUCACUCAAGAAUUCCCCGACUUCAGUGCUGCCUUCAUUCCUGAAGGCCAUGACAUGUCCCAAUGCAGUUGUAUCUUACGAGAUAGUUCUGUCCAUAACACGUCUAAUAAAGAAGUAUGGGAAGGAGCUGCAAGCUGUAACAUGGGACAUCCUCUUGGACAUCAUGGAGCGAUUACUGCAGCAGCUGCAGGGUCUGGAGAGCCAAGAACUGAAGUCUAUUGUACAUGACCUUUUGACUACAGUAGAAGAACUCUGUGACCAGAAUGAAUUCCAUGGGUCUGAAGAGAGAUUUUUUGAGCUGGUGGAAAGAUGUGCUGAUCAGAGACCAGAAUCUUCUGUAUUAAACUUGAUAACAUACAGAGCUCAAUCCAUUCAUCCUGCCAAAGACGGCUGGAUUCACAACCUGCAGAUGUUAAUGGAGAGAUUCUUCAGGAACGAAAGCCGUAGUGCUGUUCGGAUUAAAGUUCUGGAUGUCUUGUCCUUUGUCCUGAGUAUUAACAGACAGUUCUAUGAGGAAGAGCUGAUAAACUUGGUUGUGAUCUCUCAGCUGGCCCACAUUCCAGAGGAUAGAGACCAUCAGGUCCGAAAACUGGCCACUCAGCUACUCGUAGACCUGGCUGAAGGCUGCAACACACAUCACUUUAACAGCUUGCUUGAUAUCAUAGAAAAGGUGGCUGCACAUUCUCUCUCAUCUCCUUCUGAACUGGAAGAGAGGGACUUGCUGUCAUAUUCAGCUUCUUUGGAGGAUGUCAAGACAGCAGUUCUUGGACUGCUGAUAAUUCUUCAGACAAAACUCUACAGCUUACCCUCCAGCCACGCAAUGCGAGUGUACGAGAUGCUGAUCCACCACGUCCAACGCCACUAUAUAUAUGCAUACAGCCUUGCUGUUGCUAGCAGCAUCAGAUUGCAGGUAUUUGAUUUCCUGCUGAUGCUUCGAGCUGACUCCCUCCACCGCCUUGGCCUUUCCAACAAGGAUGGAGCAGUGAGGUUCAGCCCUUACUGUCUGUGUGAUUUUGUAGAAGGAGAGAAGAGGACUUCUGAGAAAAAGCCUACUGGUACACUCUCUCCACCUUCAGGAAGUCCCAGCGUGCCUUCCCAGAACACCACCAUUCGUAUCGGGCAUCUGCCAUACUCCAUGGUCUUUGGCGUCCUUCUGCAGUGUUUGAAGCAAGAGACGGACUGGAAGGUGUUGAAGUUGGUCCUUAACAAAUUACCUGAAUCCCUCCGCUAUAAAGUGCUAUUUUUAACCUCUCCUUGUAACAUAGACCUCCUGGCCUCUGCACUGAGCUACAUGCUCACAGACAAGAAGACUACUGACAGGCUCCAUGGUACCCCAGAAGGCUUUUCUCGCACGGAUUUGCAUCUGGCUGUAGUUCCAGUACUGACAGCAUUAAUAUCUUACCAUAAUUAUCUGGACAAAGCUAAACAGCGUGAAAUAGUGUAUUGCCUGGAACAUGGUCUCAUUUACCGCUGUGCAAACCAGUGCGUUGUGGCACUCUCUGUCUGUAGUGUCGAGAUGCCCGACAUCAUCAUAAAGGCACUUCCUGUCUUAAUAGUCAAAUUAACCCACAUUUCUGCUACAGCCAACAUGGCAAUCCCACUCUUGGAAUUCCUUUCAACUCUAGCCAGGCUGCCUCACCUCUACAGGAACUUCGCAGCAGAGCAGUAUGCCAGUGUGUUCGCCAUCUCCCUGCCAUACACAAACCCUUCCAAGUUUAACCAGUACAUUGUUUGCCUGGCCCAUCAUGUGAUAGCGAUGUGGUUCAUCCGGUGUCGCCUCCCCUUCCGAAAGGACUUUGUCCCCUAUAUUACAAAGGGUUUGCGCUCGAAUGUCCUCCUCUCCUUUGAUGACACACCUGAGAAGGACAGUUUCAGGGCUCGCAGUACAAGCCUGAACGAGAGGCCGAAAAGUAGUUUAAGACUAGCCAAAAAUGCAAAGCAAGGCUUGAAUAACUCUCCUCCAGUGAAAGAGCUGAAAGAAUCCUCUGCAGUUGAUGCCUUCCGAUCCCGCAGCAUCAGUGUGUCUGAACAUGUGGUCCGCAGUCGGAUACAAACCUCCAUCACUAGCUCAAGCCUGGGCUCUGCAGAUGAAAACUCAAUGGCUCAGGCUGAUGACAACUUAAAGAAUCUCCACCUGGAGCUCACGGAGACCUGUCUGGAUAUGAUGGCUCGAUAUGUCUUUUCAAACUUCAGUGCAGUUCCUAAGAGGUCUCCUGUGGGUGAGUUCCUGUUGGCGGGAGGAAGGACAAAGACGUGGCUGGUUGGUAACAAGCUGGUGACCAUCACUACAAGCGUUGGAACAGGGACAAGGUCCCUGCUUGGCCUAGACUCUGGAGAGCUCCAAAGCAGCACAGAAUCAAGCUCAGACCCCGUUUUGCAAGUGAGACAAACAAAAGAAGCUCCAGCAAAACUGGAAUCUCAAGCUGGGCAGCAGGUUUGCAGAAGCUCUCGCAACAGAGUCCGAUCCAUGUCUGGUGGUCAUGCCUUACGUGUUGGUGCCUUAGACAGCUCGGCCUCCCAUUUUCCCAGUGGCUCAGCUUCCCAAGGGACUCAGGGUCCUCCUGCUCCUGCAUCUCGGCCAGAGAAGACUAAUCCUGCUCCACAGACACCUCUGCAGAAAGAAAAAGCAAACCUGGCUGCGUAUGUCCCACUGCUGACACAGGGCUGGGCAGAAAUCCUGGUGCGCAGACCCACAGGUAACACAAGCUGGCUGAUGAGUCUGGAGAACCCGCUCAGUCCCUUUUCUUCAGAUAUUAACAAUAUGCCCCUGCAAGAGCUCUCGAAUGCACUCAUGGCUGCAGAGCGUUUUAAAGAGCACCGGGAAACAGCUCUGUAUAAAUCCCUCUCUGUCCCCUCCUCCAGCCUGGCCACAGGGACAACCAAACCAUCGCUUCUCCAGCGCUCCAACACAGUGGCCUCUUUCUCUUCCAUGUACCAGUCCAGUUGUCAAGGGAAGUUGCACAGGAGCAUAUCCUGGGCAGAGUCAGCGGUGGUGCUGGAGGAGGGGAGCCCCUCGGAAAUGGAGCUGAAGGAAACUGAGUCCCCAGCUGAGUCUCCAGAGAGUGAGGACAUUGAUACUUCAUGCUCUGAACAAGUCCUGAGCGAGGAAAGGUUUGGUAAACCCCAGGAGUCUUACAGCAGGUCCUCCUCAACCUCCAGCCAAGAAGAAAAAUCUCUGAAGUCCGAAGACCUGGUGGAGGGUGGAAUUCCCAUAGGGAGGGUCCUGCCAUCGGAGGACGGCCGCACGCUGGAGGAGCUUUCCUUCCAGCCAUCCCAGCCGCUCAGCAAGUCCAGUUCUUCCCCUGAGCUACAGACGCUGCAGGAGGUCCUCAAAGAUGCCAACGGCAGAGAAGUAACGAGGAGGCUGAGCACGGAAGUGAAAUCAAAAUCCCAGUCUGGGAACCUGGAAGGGGAAGGGCUGGGCAGUUGGCUGGGCAAGGGGGAGGACACCAGAGUGACUGGGGCAGGCGGGUUGGAUGGCACCGGUCCUGUCACCUCGCCUCGCUCCCCGUCUGGGCACCGGCCCCGAGGAUACACCAUCUCUGACUCAGCCCCGUCAAGGAGGGGGAAGAGGAUCGAGAGAGAUGCCUUCAAGAGCAGAACAGCAGCUUCCAACGCUGAGAAAGUACCUGGCAUAAACCCAAGCUUUGUGUUUUUACAGUUGUACCACUCCCCAUUCUUUGGUGAUGAAAACAACAAGCCCCUUUUGUUGCCAAAUGAGACAUUUGAAAGAUCAGUGCAGCUCCUGGAUCAAAUCCCUUCUUACGACACACACAAGAUUGCAGUGCUCUACGUGGGAGAAGGCCAGAGCAACAACGAAAUUGCCAUUCUAUCAAAUGAACAUGGAUCCUAUCGCUAUACAGAAUUCCUGACGGGGUUAGGGAAGCUCAUUGAGCUCAAGGACUGUCAGCCAGACAAAAUUUACCUUGGUGGCCUGGAUGUGUGUGGGGAGGAUGGGCAGUUCACCUACUGCUGGCACGAUGACAUUAUGCAAGCCAUUUUCCACAUUGCUACUCUGAUGCCCACAAAGGAUUUGGAUAAAUACCGCUGCGACAAGAAAAGGCACCUUGGGAAUGAUUUUGUUUCCAUCGUUUACAACGAUUCUGGAGAAGACUUUAAACUGGGAACAAUAAAGGGUCAGUUCAAUUUUGUGCACGUUAUCAUCACACCACUGGACUAUGACUGUAACCUGGUGACGUUGCAGUGUCGGAAAGACAUGGAAGGUCUCGUAGAUACGAGUGUUGCCAAGAUCAUCUCUGAUAAGAACCUGCCAUUCGUGGCCCGUCAGAUGGCCUUGCACGCCAAUAUGGCUUCCCAGGUUCAUCACAGUCGAUCCAACCCCACUGACACCUACCCAUCCAAAUGGAUUGCAAGGCUGCGUCAUAUCAAGAGGCUGAGGCACCGGCUACGUGAAGAAACCCAGUACCAGACCCCCGGCCUCCCCCUGCAGAUGCAUCCCUCUGCUCCCACCAAGCCCCCUCCCCAGAUCCCGCAGGACCCUCCGGCCACCUACGAGACCGGGCAGAGGAAGCGGCUCAUCUCCUCGGUGGACGACUUCACGGAGUUCGUGUAGAUCCUGCUGGAUCUGUUCUGGGAUGGACGAGGCAAGAAGAGUGUUUUACCUGGACAUGAAGGAGCAGGGUUUGGCCGGCACAGCGUGGCUGUGCUGUUUGCAUGUGGACUUGGCACUGAACCCUACAGGAGGACGUUGUAUCCCCAGCAGAUGCUCCAGGAAAGGACCAACUCCACAUGUUCUGGUUUUAUUUGGGUUUGAGCUAUUUCAAGGCUUCCAUCUCUGAGGGGAACUUUGGGGCAGAACCUUUCUUUGGGCUCCUUCCACACCAGUGGCUGGUGGAGGCAGGCAAGGAUGAUGUUCUGCAGUUCAUCCCGUAGGUGGAAGGUGCAGGAAUCGUGGGAAUGUUGAUGACUUUAUAGGGAAUGAAAUGUGAAGUACUGAAAACCCAGUCACUAUUUUGAAGCACCCCAGAAUCCCAGCUCCAUCCCAGACCUCGCUGCCUCUCAGCACUUGAACUCUUCAGGCUCAGACUUGUUCUGCUGCCAGCUCUGGUAAGAGUUAUUUGGGUUCUCAGUGACCUGCCGGACAUGCUGCUUUAAUCCCAAGGGUUUGUCUCCAUUUUGAGAGAUGCACAACAAACCCUCCCUCAUUCACCAGAAACGGCUUUGCCACCAGAAGUAACACAAAGCAGGGAGGUGGAUGCCACUUGCCAGAGCAGAACAGCAGAGCACUGGGCCAUGAAUUGCUGGUAAUGAACAGGCUGACUGGGAAUUACUUGUGAUGAAGGGGCUGAUUAGGAAUUACUGGCUGACUGGCUUCUAGGUUCAGCUGCAGGACUUCCACUGCAGCAAUACUGAGGGUGACUCUUGUCCUUCUCUGUAUACCUGGUUAAUCCCUUCUUGAAUGACUGUUAACAUGUGUUGGGGCAUCAUCUCUGCCCAAGUUUUGCCUGUUGCACUAACACACAGUGACAGUCUCUCCUCCCAGCCCUCAGCUAGUGAAGCAAGUCACAAGUGGUUCCUUUCAGCGCACCCGUGUACAGGAGCAAUGGGAUGAUGUAGCUCAUCUUGUGGUAAGAUGGUCAGCAGACACUACACUACCAAACUGGGAGAAAACACGUAAGCUGGACUAUACUGUGAGUACUUUAUCUCCUGGUUUAUCAAUAGAUGGGAAGCGUGGCUCUUUGGUAACAACCAACAGCAGCACCCCUGCGAUGGAGAUGAAGACAAGUGCAAUCUGCACAUGGAACUGUGAAGUGACAGGCGAGGGGAUGAAGUGAUGCUAUGAGCUUGUGCAGGGCUGUUUGGGAACUCUAAGUAAAUGUUGUGUUUUGAGUGUUUCUAAGUCGUAAAGGAAAUAAAAUAUCCAUCUGGUCAGUGGGUUCUUGCUGGCCUGGGAAGAGUCAAACUGUGCUUCAUAGUAACGGACAUUCCUUCCUCCUUCCAGCAUUCCCAUCCAUACUGUUAUCACCAGCCACACAUCCAAGAGCUGGACACGGUGCAACACUGGCUGUGUUCCAAUUCCUCACCUGGGACGGUCCCUGUGGUUCAGCUUCAGGUAACUUCUGCAGCUGGGGGGCACAAACGAAACCUGGAGAGGGGCUUUGGACAAGGGCCUGUAGGGACAGGACAAAGGGAAUGGCUUUAACCUGCCUUUGCUGAGCUCUCAGUGGUGAAGGGGCUGGCCAGAACAGAAGCACCAGAGCCAGGCUGGAGCAGUCAUCUUUUAUUUGACCUUGUCAUUUUGUAAGAAACAUCCCCACAAUUAAAAAAUACGCUAGUUCUGGUUGCAGUGAAAUGCUGACCCCACACUAACAGUUGGCAUAUUGGUCACAAUCCUUUGUUCUUUAAAGAAAGCACUUAUAUAUGUCCCUCCCUCUCCCUUUUAAACUGAUGGAUGGGGAUUUUAUUUAAGCAGCUUGAUACUGUGGCAUCUUUGUAGGACUUAAGACAAUAAAUAAGAGACCAUCUCAUGGUGACUACAAACACA